AUGUAUCUCGACUUCAAUGGAAUCAUUCACAACUAUGCGCACUUUAGGAUGUCCGAAAAGCAAAUAUUUAUUGCAGUAGACGGCGAAGCAAAGGAAAUCAGAGAGAAGGCUGAGUCGAAAGGAGAAGAACUACCAGAUGAGAAGGCCUUUGAUAGUAAUUACAUUACGCCAGAUACUAAUUGGCGUGGCGUGCAAGCUGUAUUAUCCGGUCAUGAAGCACCGGGUGAAGAGCCUGAUUAUAACCCGAACGUGCGGCAUUGUUUGUACGGUCCUGAUGCCGAUCUCAUCAUGCUUAGCCCUCUGAGUCAUGAUCCACACUUCUGUCUCUUGCGAGAGCAAGUAAAGUUCGGGCCUGCCGCGAAGAGGAAGGGUAACGUCAGUCUGGAGAACCUCGACUUCUACCUUCUACAUCUCUCGCUAAUGCGUGAAUACUUGGACCUCGAGUUUCGUGAUAUAGAAGACCGAGUCAUCGAUGACUUCAUUCUCCUGGCCGUCUUCGUCGGAAACGAUUUUCUACCUAAUCUUCCAGAUUUACACAUCCACGAGAACGGACCGGAACGCCUGUUUGAUGCGUACAAGAAAGGUGGGGUCAUUAAUACCAAGCGACUGCAGGUCGUCCUGAACGAAACUACUAUAUGGGAGCGAGAGAUCUUUGAGAAAGAAUACGCGGACUCGAAUUGGUUCAAGGGAAAGCGGAGCAAACGCUUCUUACACGCUUUCAACGAGACAUUUUCGAUCAAGUACAGCAGUUUGUCUUGCAAAAUCGUCAGAGUACCGAACUGCAGCACUGGGUAA